AUGAAUCCUGGAAGAUUAGGACUUACACCAAUGGUUCAAGAAAAUCCUCUAUGGAUUUCUUGGCAUGAUUCCAAUUGGAUACCGCUGUUAAAUCCGGCCAAUGUUAUGGACUACUUUUCCGAAAAGUCCAAUCCGUUCUACGAUCGAACAUGUAAUAAUGAAAUAGUCAGGAUGCAGCGACAAAGCUUGGAGCUGUUAAACAACAUGACUGGUGUGGAAUAUAUACCCCUUCACGUUCAAGAUCCAAUCCUUUACGUGAUUCGUAAGCAGCACAGGCAUUCUCCAACCGAAGCUACUCCUAUGGCCGAUUAUUACAUCAUAGCAGGAACAGUAUAUCAGGCUCCCGACUUAGCUAAUGUGUUCAACUCGCGAAUACUUUCCACAGUGCACCAUUUGCAGACAGCAUUCGACGAGGCCAGUUCAUACUCUCGUUACCAUCCGAGCAAAGGAUAUUCGUGGGAUUUCUCAUCUAACAAAGCAAUUGCUGAAAAAACGAAAUCACAAACCAAAAAAGAAGCACCGGUUAAGGAGGAACCUAGCUCGAUUUUUCAGCGCCAACGAGUAGACAUGCUGUUGGGUGAUCUGCUUCGAAAAUUUCCUCUUCCCUUGCCACAGAUGACAAACAAUUCUGCUAAUGCGAAUGCGUCUGAUAUGAACAGCACAAGCAAUAAUCACACAGGCGCAACAGGCGAAAGCGAUCACUCCGGUUCCGAUCAUACCAUGAUCAAACAAGAACCAGUCGAUCCUAGUGGUGGAGGACGAAGUGGCAGUAAUGAGCCACCACCAGAAAAGAAAAUGAAAAUAUAAUGUUUUGUACAUCGGCUAAAA